AUGACACGCCAACAGUCACAGUUUGUAGGAUUUGGUGUUCAGGUGGAAUUAAAAGAUGGAAAGUUAAUUCAGGGGAAAAUUGGAAAGGCUACUUCAAAAGGUUUAACCUUAUAUGACGUUGAAUUCAGUGAUGGUGGUACAUCACAAGCUUUUAAAGUCAGAGCUUCGAGAUUGAAAGAUUUAAAAGUAUUAAGUGUAGCCCAAAACAACCGUAUUGGUAAUAAACAAAAUAGAGUCUACAAUAACAAUAACAAGAAUGGUAGCAUAAGAGAAAAUAACAAAUUUAGUGGGUUUAAUAGUAACCAAAGCAGUACCAUAUCUAACAAUAGCAUUAAUAAAAACGAUAUAAAACAAAAUAAUGGCAGAAACUCUAAUAAUAACAGCAAUCAUAAUACUGGUAGUAGUAAUAAUACCGAAAGUGAUAAUUGGCAGAAUGAUGACAUUAGAAAGAUUAAAGAAAGUGAGGAUUUUGAUUUUCAAGGAAACCUUAAUAUGUUCAAUAAAAAAGAUGUUUUUGCACAAUUGAAACAACAAGAUACCGUUGAUUCGGCGCAACGACUAAUCUCACAUAACAGAAAACCUAUUGAUAAUAAUUAUAAAAAUGGAAGAAAUGGUAAAGAUUCUUCUCUUGAUUUGUUGAAUAAUAGUAAUAAUAACUUUGAUAUAGAUGAAAUGGUUAUACCCAAUGCUAAAAAAGAUGCUUGGGACCAAAUAAUGUACGAUAGCCGAAUGCAAAAUAAUGAUAAAUUUGGAUCUAGUGACAACAACGAUGAGAAUGAGGAUGAAGAUGAGGACGAUGACUAUGAUGAAGAGUUUGAAGAUGCAAACUAUUUCCCUAUCACAAAAUCAAUUAAUAUUACACAUCUUUUACAUUCAGCUGUUAAUAGUACAAAUAAUGAUUCAAGAGAUGAUAAUAACAAUGAUCGAAACGGUAAUAGUGAGUUACUAUCUAAAUUAGAGAAGAUGAUAAUUAAUGAAACAUCAAAGACCGCAAGAUCAAAUUCCAUCUCCAACUUCAAUCCAAUAUUAAUUAAUCCCAAAAAUAAUAAAGAAAUUCCAAUGGCUACUCCAGUACAAUUAUUGGAAAUAGAAAGAUUAACUGAAGAGACAUUUCAUAUUUCAAUGAAUGACUGCAUUGAUAAUAACUUUGCAUUAAAUGCAUCUUAUUACAUAAGACAAAAACUAGGUGGUGAAUCUCGUUUAACUAUGAAUAAUUCUAAUCCUGAACCAUUAGUUGUUGUGUUAGCUUCUGAUUCAAAUAGAUCGGGCAGAAAAGCAUUAGCCCUAUCAAGAUAUUUGUGUCAAACUCAGCAAGUUCGUGUUUUAAUGGUAUUUAGUUGUUCAAUGAAAAAUAUUGAAGAAAACAAUAAAGUACUAAAGGCAAAUAUUGAUAUUUUUGUUAAAUGUGGAGGGAAAAUAGCUACGGAUAUAAAGCAAUUAAAGACGAUUUUAACUACACUAAAUAGCCCGAUUGAAAUAGUAAUUGAUGCUAUACAAGGGUUUGAUUGCAAUCUAAUUGAUUUUGAUAUAUCACAGAAUAGAAUUAUAGAUAUGAUCAAUUGGUGUAAUGAAACUAUUGAAAAUAAUAAUGUCAAAGUAUAUUCAAUAGAUAUGCCAUCAGGGUAUGACAGUGGAUCUGGCUUACAAAAUUUCGAUGUUGCUAUGCAUAGAAUUGAUCGUGUGUUAUGUUCUUAUACUUGGCCAUUAAUUGCAUUAGCCAAUAUGAAAUCAAUCAUCGCAAACAGUAAUCAUGAAAAUGACGGUAAUAUUAUUUUAGUUGAUUGUGGAAUUCCACAGAAUGUGUAUUUAGAAAGAAAUUCCUUACGUAAAUUCCAUAGUGUUGAUACUUUUACCACAAAGGGGUAUUUGAGUUUAAGUUUAUAG